GGAGGAGUCGCUGACUGGAGCCCGGUGAGCCGGGCUUUCUCCUGGAUCCUGUGCCCCAGCUGCAAUGAGUUCUGCCUCCAGUGAGCCAGGCAACGGGGCUGCAGCGGAGCGGUCCCCGCUGGGGCUGGACACCGUGAUCCAGAGGCUGGAGGACACUGUCCUGAGCCCCACCGCCAGCAAAGAAGACCGGACGCUGACCAUGCGUGGGGAAGACUGGCAGGCCUCACCCACCCCCCUGCCUGCUCGAAUCCGUGAGAUCGUGGCCAGCAGCCUGGGCGAGGAGCCACCCCAAGGGCUGCGGGAGCCACCGGGAGCCUCGGCCCAGGUGCAGGAGGAGAGUGAGCUCCUGCAGGAGGAGCUGUCCCGGCUGGAGGACCUGCUGGCACAGGUGGGUGCCGAGCGGGAUGAGCUGGCCAGCAGGUACCAUGUGGUCAGCGAGCGGCUGCAGGCCCGGCUGCAGACCACCGAGGCCCGGCUGCGGAGGUCAGAGCUGGAGCACAGCGUGGACCUGGAAGAGGCACUGGGCCGAUUGGAGGCUGCAGAGCAGAGGAGCACCGGCCUCUCCCAGGUGAACACACUCCUGAGGGAACAGCUGGAGCACAUGAAGAAGGCCAACGACACGCUGGCUGAGGAGCUGGCCAGGACGACGGGCAGCGUGCUCCACCUGAGGGGUGAGCUGGAGCGGAAGGAGGCUCAGCGCUGGACAGAGAGACAGACCCGGCGUUCACGCCUUGGGGUGCAAUCCCAGGAUUUCCUCCUCCUGUGGAGACAGGUGACAGCGCUCCGAACACACCUGGCUGAGCUUCGAUCUGCCUUUGAAAGGAGUCUCACUGACAUGCAAGCAGAGGCAGCCAGGACAGCCCGGCGCCUGCACACGGCCUGCCUGAACCUCAACUCCAACCUGCAGCUGUCGGCCAGCAGCGCGGCAGGCGCCCUGAAGCGGCAGGCCUCACAGGGUGCUUGGCUGGAGCAGCGGCUGCAGGACAAGGUGCGGGAGAUGCUGCAGCUGCAGGGCCGCUGGGACGCAGAGAAGGUGGCACUGCAGGCCAGACUCUCCGAGCAGAAAUUGCUGGUAGAGAAGCUCACAGAACAAAACUCGGAGAAGGAAAGGACCAUUUCUUCCCUCAGAAUGGAUGUUCAGAAACUGGAGUCCUGGCGCAGUGGAGGCCGGCUGGCGGCAGACAACUUGAAGGAGGAAGUGGAGUCCCUGCGGCGUGUUUUGAACAUCAUCACAGAGGUGGCCCAGGCGGACUCGAGGUGCCCAGAGCUGGCACAGAGCAGCGGCACUGACAUGGAGAAGGUACAGAGUCCACUGAGGAGCCCCCCACGUGCCUCGUCCCUUCAGUGGGGUGCAUCUCCACCAUGGGCCCACUCCCGGGCCAGCCCAGACCCUGCGCUGCGGGCUGUGCAGGCAGCUAUUGAGAGGAGGCGGCAGCAGGAACAGGAGCUGCGUCUACAGCUGAAGUCCUCCCAGGCGGUGGCAGCCAGGCUCCGGGAGCAGCUGUCAGAGAGGCAGCGGGAGCUGCGAGCCUCCCAGAGGCUCCUGCAGGAGCAAGAGCAGGACCGGAGGGACCUCCUGGACAGGCUGGAGGCACAGAGCCAGAAGGCACAGCACUGCAGGGCAGCCAGCGAGCUCCUGGAAAGAGAGAAGAAGGCUCUGGAGUUGGAGGUGGAGGAGCUAAGGGACAAGAUGGAUAUUUGGGACAUGGACAAGCAGAAGCGGGAGGCAGAGAACGCUGAGCUGCAGAGAAGCCUCCUGCUCUGGACACAGCAGAAGGAGGAGCUGGAGCAGCAGGGCGAGCGGGGCCGCAGGGAGCUGCAGACCAGUCAAGGGCGCCUGGAGCAGCUGGAGGAGAAGGUCUCAGGGCUCAAGAAGGAGCUGGUGUCGGCCCGGGAGGCACUGAACGCAGCCCAGCUACAGAGGGACAUUCUGGAGAGUGAGAGGGAGGCCCUGCAUGGCACGCUGGCCCGGGCUGAGUCCAGCAAUGCUGACCUGGAAUUGCUUGUGACCCAGCUGAAGUCAGAGGGGGUGCAGCAGAGGGACUCCCUGGCCAAGAUGGCCACUCUGAUGGAGGGCCUGGCGAAGGACAAAGGCAGCCUGACCCACCUGGUCCUGCAGCUGCAACAGGAGGGAGACCAGCUGCGGGAGCAGAAGCAGGUGCUGAGCCAGGAGCGGGCAGAUGCCAAGGAGCGGUUGGCACUGGCAGAGCAGCAGCUGGAGCAGCUGGAGGGGCAGGCCGACCGGCUCCAGCAUGAGAGAGCCCAGUUGCAGGAGCAGGUGGGCCAGGUCACAUGCAAGAAACAGGCCCUGGAGGAGCAGCUGGCCCAGAGCCUGCAGGACCAGGAGGCCCAGAUGGACACUCUCCGGACGGCCCUUCAGGAGAAGGAAGCUUUGUUGGAGGAGCGAGCUCAGCUGCUGGCCAAGCAGGAGGCCCUGGAGAGGCAGGGCCGGCUCACGGCGGAGGAGGCAGCUGAUCUCAGGGCCGAGCGGGAUGUGCUGGAGAGCAGCCUCUUUGAGGCCCAACAGCUGGCAGAGCAGCUGCAGACACAGCAAGAACAUCUGGAGGGGGAGGCCCAGAGCGCCCGGCAGGCCCGGCAGGCCCUGCAAGUGGAACUGGAGCAACUGAAAGGCGCCUGGGAGGUCCAGGAGACAAAGCUGGAAUGGGACUUAGGGCAGCUGCGGCGGCAAAUGGCGCAGCAGGAGCGGGAAGCACAGCUGGCCCUGGAGAGCCAGGCGGUGGCCCAUUGUGAGGACCUCGCACGGCUCCAGAGGGAGAAGGAGACCCUCAGCCUGUCUCUGACAGAGGAGAAGAAGGUGGCAGCGUGCAGGUUGGAACAGGAGAAGGAGCUGGUGGCAAAAAGUGCAGCCAAGAGGGAGGCUCUAAAGGACGAAAUUCAGAGCCUGAAACAUGAGCGGGAUGAGAGCCUUCUCCAACUAGAACAUGAGAUGCAACAGGCCCUGUCUCUGAAAGAAGCAGAAAGGAGCCUGCUGCAGCAGGAGCUCUCCCGGGCCGCUCAGAGGCUGAAGCAGGUGCAGCAGGAGGCCCGCGGCCAGCAGGAGCAAGCAGAGGCCACAGUCAGAGCCACGGCGGUGGAGCUGAAGGCCCUGCAAGCCCAGUUUGAGGAGGCCAUCUCGGCCCAUCAGAGGGAGACCUCGGCUUUGAGCCACAAUCUCCGGAAGAUGGCGGCAGAGCGGAGCAAUGCGGGCAGAGAGGCCGAGCAGCUGCGGGCACAACUGGGGGAGGCCCAGGAGGCGCUGGCUGUGCUUCGCAGGGAGCUGCAGGGCCACGAGGACAGUCUCGAGGGGCUGCGCAGGGAGGUCGUGGAGGCCCACCAUGCCCUGGGUGACGAGGCCCUCGAGAAGGAUGUGCUGCAGCGUUCCAACGCCGAGCUGCGGGCCGCGGUGCUCAGGGCAGAGCAGGAGAAGGCCAGUUUUCAGCGGUCCAAGGAAGAAAAGGAGCAAAAGCUGCUGGUCCUGGAGGAGGCCCGAGCUGCAGCCCAGAAGGAGGCUGGCAAGCUGAGGGCCAGCCUGCAGGAGGCAGAGCAGGCCCAGUUGGACACCUGCCAGGAGCUCCAGGAGCUCCGCAGACAGGUGAAGACGCUGGAGACCGAGAACCAGAGGAAAAGCCAAGAGGUGCGCCAGCUGCAGGCCCGGUGCACUCAGGACUCGCAGCGGCAGCAGCAGAGCUGGCGGGAGGCCCUGGAGCUGCAGAGGCAGGCGGCGGAGGUGGACGCUGCCUGGGAAGACGCCCAGAAGGAGGUCCUGAGGCUGCAGCAGGAGCUGGCGGAGGUGAAGCAGCGCCUCUGUGAGAGCCACGGGGCUGAACAGAGCCUCCGGGCUGAGCUGCACGGCGCCACCAUGAAGCUGCAGCAGGCCAGCAGUGUGACUGACAGCCUCCAGGCCCGCCUGGACAGGGCCUGCCACCGCGUCCAGAGCCUGGAGCAGGAGCUGGCCCGGGCAGAGGGUGCCAGGCGGGACGCACAGGGCCAGCUGAGCCGGCUCUGGUCCACACUCUGCUGCGAGCUGAGGCUCCGAGCUCCGAGCCCCUCUGCCUCCCCUAAACGGCCCGGCUCCCCCACCAAAGGUGUGGACGGUUCCCAGGGUCUCUCUGGGCAGCACAGUGCCAGCCCCCCUGCCAGGUCCCGCUCACCACUUCGGUGGCCUUCACCUGCACCAGGACAGCAUGGCCCAGACGUGGAUGUGGCCGCUGUGCAGGACGCCCUGAGGGACUUCAUGCAGAAGCUGCGGGAUGCCCAGCGGGAGCGGGACAACUGGUGUGCCAAGGUCCGCCACCUGAGCAGCUGGCUGAGAGAGGUGGAGAGGGAGCGUGCCGGAGCCCUACGCCACGUGGGGCAGCUGAAGACAGCGCUGGCCCAGGCCGAGGAAGGCUGGCGCCAGGCGGAGAGGGAGGCGGGCAGUGCCCAGGCCACGAGGGCCCUGCAGAAGGAAGUGCUUCAGAGGCUGGAGAGGAAGUACCUGGCGAGUGUGCAGGCAGCAGGCCAGGAGAAGAGGCGGCUCCAGGAGCAACUGGACAUGCUGCACCGGGCCCUGCAUGAGAGCAGGAGGCACAGCCAGGGCCUCACCCAGAGGAGACGGCGGCCGGAGCACAGGCGCCAGGAGGCCGUGAGUGCACAGGGGCCCCUGCGGCAGAGAGAGCGGGACACGCUGAGCAGAGAAGGGGACACGGUGGGGGCUGAGGAGCCACUGGACCAGCCCCUGAGCAGCCUGCACCUCCAAGUGGACAGGGCCCUGAGGCAGGACCAGAACCCACAGGUCCAGACAGCGGAGCUGGAGCAGGCCCAAGCCCAGCAGCCCCAGGAGCUGGCUGCCCAGCACCAGCAAGACCAGGCUGUGGAGGCCAAGCAGGCCCUGGAGUCCCACGUGCUGGAGGAGCAGGUGGCCCGGAAGGAGCAGCUGGACUAGGAAGUACAACGGCAACAACAUGCCCACCUCGGCCAGCCCUCCCUGCCAAGGACUGAGCCCUGCCGCCAACCCUGUCACAGCCCUGACCAGCCAGACGCAGAACCAUGAAUUGGAAAACCAAUGCUCAUGCGCCUCAGUGUGGCCUGGUGCCCGCAGAGGGCUCAGGGAGCAGGCAGCCGGAGCCCACACUCACCCCCAGAAGUCCCCUGGCAGCAGGCACCCUCUGGCUCCCCCGACCACUGAGCUCCCCAACCCUGUGACGUGGGCUUCUUCUGGCAUGGACCCCUCCCCGCUGCACACCUCCUCCCCCUGGACACGCCAUGGGGACAGUCCCCGCCAGGCCAGUUUCCUCAGCCACAGGCUGCAUUCCCUGCCCUCAGCUCUGUAAACACGGGGAAACACGUGGAAAACAUUUCCACCAAAUGGAGCCAAAAACCGUGUCCUUCAAGGCCCAGUGCCCACCUCCCACGCCCAGAGGCUGUGGAACCUUCUGUAUCCAGGAACUGCAGGUCUCUCACGAUGGCAGGUGCCUGGAAAUGACUCAGUCGCUCCCUGUGACUCACUGGCCUGAGAGGCACGGGAGUAGGAACUUAAAAGUCAGCCUUGCAGAACCUCUCACAGUCUGUGAACCUGGGCCAGGGACCAUCAGAAUCCAGCCUCAUUGCUAUGGAAGCAAGGCAGCCAUCUUCACCUGUAGGCAUUUGUAUUCAUUUCCUCCAUUUAUACCGGGUCAGUGGUUUGUUUUCCUCUCCAAAUGGCCUCUUUUGUUCUAUGACACCAGCCAGCCCAGGACUCACAAGCUUCUUGUGAGCUCAGCCCCACCCAGGGAAACCCUGCCAUACUCUGGAGGACAAGCAUGGGGUCAGGAAGGGUCCAAAGCUCCAGGAAGCCACCCCAUCUCGGCCACUGUAAGCUGUGGCCCAAAAAGACGGCCAUCUAUCUCAUUCAAGAUGGAUCCAGGCUUGCUUAGAGAGCCUGGCUGGGAUUGCACAGCUGGAGAGGGGCAUCCCUGCCAUCCCCCAAGGGGGAGAGCCAUGCUCAUCACCUACCCUCAUCUGCCCAGCAAGCCUUCAGGCACAGGGUCCUGUUGACUGGAGGACAGAGCUGAGCCAGGUAGACUGAGCAAAGUGAGGCCCAGUGCUGGGCACUGGACCUGUUCUCACACAUCACCCUGGAGGUGAAAUGCAGGGAGGGGGCAGGGUAGGGGCCCAUCCUGGAAUACAAGAUCAAGGCAGAACUGCUGACCACCCUACAGUCCAAGGGAUAGGGCAGAAAAGCAACCGGUCUCCCACCCAUCCCUGCUCCCUGGAACUCGGCCACGGCCCUUGGGUGCUUCUCCCCUGCUCUCCCACAUGGAGGCCUGUGGCCUGUAAGAGGCCCGGGAGGUUCCAGCAUCCCUUUAGGAGUUGCCAGCCUUGCAGGGCAGUCCCAGCUCUGCUCCUCUCCAGCUGUGCAAUCCCAGUCAGGCUCUCUAGGCCCAGGAGACCAUCUGGUCUGGGGCACCAACCUUCUCAGGUGUCAAAGGACAUACCUGAAGCCCCCAGGGGGAGAAGGACUCAUCCCCCGAGAGAGCAGGAGAGCCAUGGGGACAGGGCCAUCCUGAAGCACGUGGGCCGAAAGGAAGGAGGUGACACCCUAGGACAGAGAGGCAGGGGAGGAUGACCAAGCACCUGAGGAGACAGGCUCAGCCUCCAACGCCCCAGUUUUGAGGGAGGCAAAGGCCCUGUCUUGGCCACAGCUGGGGAGGGAAUGAGCCACAGGACCCAGGACUGCAGCUGGUCCUCUUGACAUUCAUAGUCUCGCCUGUGGUUCUAAGAGGAGGCCGGAGCACUCCCUCUCCAGCACAUGCCUGCUCAGAGCCUGUGGGUUAGGUGAAUCUGCUACUUUUAAUAUUCUUUUUAAAUUUUUCACUUGAGCCCUGGCCAGUGUUCUCAGUGGUUAGAGCGGGAGUUCAAGCACCAAAGGGCCUUGGGUUUAUGAUUUCUGGUCAAGAGCACAUUGCUGGGUUGCAGGUUCAAUCCCUGGCCUCAGUCAGGACAUGUGUGGG